AAGGCCAGGAAUGUGCGUCAGGUUUAGACAGAGACAGCAAGCUGAUGCCACUGAUGAUGGUGACUUUGCUGUUUAAAUCUGGAUGUGUCCAACGUGAUGAGACCACUCUUUCUUGGGACUUUAACGAUGGCAUUGGUGACUUCCAGGAACAGGCUUGUUUAUAAAAGUUGACUGUGCUGCAGAGGCUGGCUGACCGCAGGGACGCCUGCCCUGGGCCCCUCUGCCCGCUCUGUGGCAGAUGGCCGCCAUUUCCCUGGUGAGAUUCCGCCAGCUGGCACCGGAGUUACUGGCUGCCGCCUUCCUUUACUGCCUGCAAAUGUCCCCACAGAUCUCAGGAGUGGAGAGAAUGAGGAGGAAGUGUGCUGCAGGCUAUGGUCUCCAUUCGAAGGUUUAGAACGAGGUCUGCCUGCCCAGGGCCAGCACCUGCACCCAUGCGUGGCUGUCUACAAAUUGUAUGCUGAACCUCCUGGCCAUAGACAGACUGGUUUUCUAGAGUCUGGGUUCAUCCGCCUGGAGGUCAGGGUCUUUUCAGUCAACGAUUGCCGUCAUUGUCUUUGUGAACAGUGACAUUGUGAGUUCCUUACAGGUAGGGACUAGGUUGCUGGUAGCCUUCCAGUGUCUGGUGUGUAGUAGGAAGACACAGACAUGCUUUUCCUGUGGGAACCUCAACUCUGGGAGUGGACAGCGUGAAAGCCAUUUUUGGGGAUGAUUUUCUUCUUGUUCUCUGCAUUCCUCUGUCCAGGCUCAAGCAUGGGGUCCAUACCCCCCAUCUUUAUUCCUCGUUGUCCUUAUUUUUCUUAGAAAGUGGCUUCGUCUGGCCGGCCUAUCAUGCCAAGCCAGGCCCUGACCACAUACCCUCUCCUCCAGGCAGUCUGAUAGGAGAUGCUGAAAGCAUUUCGUUGGUUCUACUUUGAAUUAGUAGAUCAGCCAGCCUGGGAGUGGAGCUUGCCUGUAUCCCGGGAGCUGCUCCCAUGAGGACCACAGAGUCUAGACAGCAUAGUUUACCUGGAGCCAGGGAAGACAAGAGCUGACCUCUUGGUGGGCCCCCAGACAGACACGGGUAAAAGGAUGUCCUUUAAGGAAAAGGAAAAAAAAAAGAAUCCACCCAGAUGGAAUGAUGAGAGGAAUGAUAUCACGGUUGGCAUGACAACGGCAGGGCCAUCAUAAUCUCCCCACAAGGUGGUCAGAAUCCCAAGGGAAGGCCGAGUUUCACUGCUCAUCUCACUUUGGGACAGGCAGGAGUGGUAUGGGAUGGAGGAGGGGCUGCUUACUCAAUGGCCACAGCAGGCCUGGGGGCCUGGACUUUGUCCCCAGAGCUGCUUCCCAGCUUUGACAAUCUCCCAGGGGUGCUGAGUGCCACCUCCAAGCAGCAUGGCAUUGGAGGAGCGGCCAGAGAGACAGGGCAGAACAGCAGAGCAGGGGCUCCAUGGCUGGAGAGUGGAGAUGAGACAGAAGAUGGUUUUAUGGGAUUCUGUAUGAGUCUUGAGCUGUAUCCUCAGCUCCUCUUUCCCAGGGGCUCCAACCUCUUUGGAUAAAUGUGCCACGGGCCUCCGGUCCCUAACCUGCUUUCUCUGGAGUUCUGCCACAGGUGGUGUGGAGCUGGGUCCAAACCACGCUUGGGGACCAGUUCUACAAGGAGGCCAUUGAGCACUGCCGGAGCUACAACUCACGGCUGUGUGCAGAGCGGAGCGUGCGUCUGCCCUUCCUGGACUCGCAGACUGGGGUAGCCCAGAACAACUGCUACAUCUGGAUGGAGAAGAGGCACCGAGGCCCAGGCCUUGCUCCGGGCCAGCUGUACACGUAUCCUGCCCGCUGCUGGCGCAAGAAGCGACGAUUGCAUCCACCAGAGGACCCAAAGCUUCGACUCCUGGAAAUAAAACCUGAAGUAGAGCUGCCCCUGAAGAAAGAUGGCUUUACCUCUGAGAGCACCACAUUGGAAGCCUUGCUUCGUGGUGAGGGUGUGGAGAAGAAGGUGGAUGCCAGAGAGGAGGAAAGCAUCCAGGAAAUACAGAGGGUUUUGGAAAAUGACGAAAAUGUAGAAGAAGGGAAUGAAGAGGAGGAUUUGGAAGAGGACAUUCCCAAGCGCAAGAACAGGACCAGAGGACGGGCUCGUGGCUCUGCAGGUGGCAGGAGGAGACAUGAUGCCGCUUCUCAGGAAGACCAUGACAAACCCUACGUCUGUGACAUCUGUGGCAAACGCUACAAGAAUCGGCCGGGACUCAGCUACCACUAUGCUCACACUCAUCUGGCCAGCGAGGAGGGGGAUGAAGCCCAAGACCAGGACGCCAGGUCCCCACCCAACCAUAGGAAUGAGAACCACAGACCCCAGAAAGGACCAGAUGGGACCGUCAUUCCCAACAACUACUGUGACUUCUGCUUGGGGGGCUCCAACAUGAACAAGAAGAGCGGGAGGCCUGAAGAGCUGGUGUCCUGUGCAGACUGUGGACGCUCUGGUCACCCAACUUGUCUGCAGUUCACUCUGAAUAUGACCGAGGCGGUCAAGACCUACAAGUGGCAGUGUAUAGAAUGCAAGUCCUGCAUCCUGUGUGGGACCUCGGAGAACGACGACCAGCUACUCUUCUGCGAUGACUGUGACCGUGGUUAUCACAUGUACUGUUUAAAUCCCCCAGUGGCCGAGCCCCCAGAAGGAAGCUGGAGCUGCCAUUUAUGCUGGGAGCUGCUCAAAGAGAAAGCCUCAGCCUUUGGCUGCCAGGCCUAGGGCCUCAGGUCACAGAAUGUGACAUGCCACCAGAGAGGCUGAACUGGAGUCCUGUUUGAUCCAGAUGGAGCUCUCCUCCAGCAUAUUCACACAGACCAACUGUAAGGAAAAUGAAUAGUUACAGAAGGGCAUGGACCUGUGGAACCGAGAGGGCAAGGUCUCUACUCACCUACUGCCUGGCCCAUGACUUCCAGCUUCACCCGUGGGACUUCAGAUAGCACCUUCCUCAUUUCUACCAGAGGGAGCUUGCACUUUGGAAGAACAAUCCAGCCCAGCCCUGUGGAAUCUUCUUCACAUUCACCCUCACAGUGCAUCCCUCUCAACGCUUCCCAUUUUAGCGGAAGCCAUUUUGUGACUGCUCACCAAUCACUCGUGUGUUGAUGGUGUGUGUGUGUGUGUGUGUGUGUGUGUGUGUGUGUGUGUUUUAAACCUAUUGUGUUUCAAGAUCCCUUCACACAACCUCUUCACCCUUAGCUUAGGCUCUUCAUCCUAAACUCUCACAGAGGAACAAAAUGCUGUGGAGAAGUUGUUACUUAUUACAAGCUUCCCUGGAAAAGUCUACGUUUGGAGGCCAUCUUGAAGAUGGAGCUUGGUUAAGAAGAGUUGCAGUUUUCAAACCUCAGCUGGGAUGGUCUUGAUCUACUGCACCACCAUUUGAUGAGGGGUGGAGAGGGCCCGAGAGAUGGGAGGAAAAAUUGGGACCCCAGCCUAACCAGUUAGUAUUUGCUGUUCAUCAAGAGAGACUUGUCAAGGGACCCAGUUGUCCUUUGACCUUCAGGACUGCGGUGUCCUUGAGGUGGGACAAACCAUAGUCUGCAAAGACAGAAAAGUGCUGAAGAUUCCCGGUGCCUCCCAACUGAAUUGAGUGUCAAGGCCUGGCUCAGUUUCUGCUGGUGGGAGACAAGCAUCAGAGAGGUGGGCAAAGGCUGCCCAUUCAAUGGUCUGAUGUUGGAGGAAAGAGAGUGUAGCUUUGAGAAACCCUUCAGUGUUAAUGCUACACUAUGAAUUCCUUCCCCGGGCAAUUUCCUCCACUUCGGUGGAGUUAUGUGUUUGCCAGUGACUACUGUGAUGUGACUGGAAAUUUCAGAAUGGAGGAGAGAGGACCAUUACUUAACUAGACCAUUGAGUGUGGUGAUUACUUGUGACGAGGUGGCCAUGAUUCAGAACCCUCGCCUGCCCUUGUACCUUGAGCUCCCCCGCUAUGAGCUGGACUCGCGUCUGAAAUAAGAAAGUUUCUAGAGAAAGGGGUAGGGAGGCCUAGAUUCCGAGAACUCUGUGUGUCGGAUGACAGACAGCCUUGUGGGCUGGCGUGGGUUGGGUUGUCUUUGAAUCGCAGCAACAGCGUGAUGACUGACAUAUUUCUAGAAAAAAAAAAUCAUUUGCCCAAAGGGCAGGUCUCAGUGAGCAGGACCCUCGCGCAUGCUCUGCUUCCCUGAAAUCAGCUCCGUCGCCGUGGUCCAGCAGCUUGCAACAAAGGCCGGAGUUAUUUUUAGUCUUCAGCUCCCGAAGAAGCCCCUGGAGACCUGGGCUAGUUGGGCCACUCUGCCCAGAUGCAGGCUGGCCUCCGCCGCUCGCGCUCGCUCCGCAGGAGUCGUCCUCCCCCUGGCUAAUUGCUCUUGGCACCUGGACCCAGGGCAGCCUGGCAUGGAGCCAAGCGGUGUGCCCUCCCCCCAACUCCUUUGUAGAGUGACCUGUGGCAAGAGAGUGGGGGGUCACUCUCCUGCAGGCCCUGUGGCCUCAGAGCUGGUCACAUGCAUACAUAAUGAUCUCAUUUAAAGGGCCCCCGUCCAGACAGCAUUUCUGCCUUCCUCACAAGCUCUCUUCUUCCUCCUGCUGGUUGCUGAGCCUGUGCGGAUUCUAAAGGCCCAGGGAAGGGCUGCAGGGAUAGCCCAUCUCUACAGAGUGGCACAUCUCCUCCCCAGACUCUGCUGGCUCACUCUCUCCUCCCACAAAACCUAAAGCAGGAUCUCCUCAAUGGCUAAUUAUUUGGUUGGGCAUUCGUUUUAAAUUAAUUUUAGGGGGGGAAAAAAGGGUCCAAAUGUUCUGGAAUGCUACACUGGCUUAAAAGUGGGAAACAAACAAACAAACAAACAAACAAGUCUAAAACCCCAAACUGUGGCUCUGAGACCGGACAGGUCCCCAUAUGGAGUGUGCAUGAGUCCGUUCUCUAUAGACAUGCAGAUGGGGGGGGGGUUUCUCCCUCUUCUAUAUCCAGCCAUGCUUACUCUGCCCACCCAAGCUGAGGGGGAACAGGCCUCUCUAGCCAAGUCAAGACACCAGUUGGAGCUUGCCCGCAGUGCUGGGGUUAGCUGAACUCUGGGUGACAUAAGGAAGGCUCCUGGGGUUCCCUUCUGUUUCACUGAGUCCUGCAAAAUGGGCUCAGCCUUUGUGCUUUGGAGGCUUCAGUUUGGUUCCCCGUGCAGAAAGUGGGGAGAGCAGAUCAGCUUGUGAGAUGCCCUGUCAGGGUGCGACAGAGCCACCUCCUGUGUGGGGAAAAAGAAAGUGUUCGUAAAGUAAAAUUGGUAUCCACUUUCUCUGAGCGCGGGAAUCACUGGUCCAGGGUUCUAAUGUCCCCUCUACCCGAGUAGUGUAUGAUCUUGGACAAAUCACUUAGCAUCCUCAAAUCUCAAUUUGCCCAUCUGUAAAACGGAAAUGCUGACACUUGCCCUUUCUACUCCACAGUGACAUUGGGAGGGGCCCAAAGUAUGAUGUUAUAUAAACAACCAUCACCAGAGCCCAGCUUGUCUGUAGGAACUCCAAAUGCUUUCUGAAGCCACCUUCUUGUGGAUUCUAGCCAAAGCUAGAGGCCUUCUUGGAAACGUUGAGGGCCAGGUUAUCUGUGGUCAGGGCUCCCAAGCCAGGGCUGUGGCCAUGGAGACCAUGAUUGGGCAUGCGUGGUAAUGCGGAGGUGCUCGGAGGCUGGGGACUUGAGGAUGAAGAUACUAUAAAUGCAUGUGCAUGCGGACAGACCGAAAUACACACACACACACACACACACACACACACACACACAUCAGCAUGAUUAACCACUGGGAGUGGGAGCCAACUUCUGCGGAGGGCCCUAUGUUCUUGUUCAAAUGUUGCGUCACUUUCUAGCUGGCUUCACCUCUCUGAGCCUCACUGCGCAUGUGUAUGAGGUAGAGAAACAUGGCCGGUUUAGAAAUCUAGCGGGGAUAGCAGAGUAACGCUGGUAAGUAUCUUGGUGUAGGCCUUGCUAAAAAGAGGGCCUCCCGCCUGUGGUAGCCACUGUCAUUCUGUGCAGAGGUCACUAAGGGGAAAGAAUGAUGCUGUUGAGUCCCCCUCAAAUCCCCGGCAGGGUUAUAGCGUUCCACAGUCGCCUUCUAUCCUUAUAUGGGAACCCUGAAGGGUUCCUGCCGGAAAACAAACUCUUAUUUCCGUCUAGACGCUUUUGAGACCCUGAAUUCGGGGCCUGUAGCAGAUCCAGGACAGGCAACCUGGUGAAGGAACAGGAAUGGUGCUCCUGAUGAGAACGGACAUUCCUGUCAUCUUUCUCAUCCCCUCCGGAGGCAGAAGCUGGUCCCUAGACUCGGAGGUGUGUGUUUGCCUCUGGGCCAGCUAGGAAGCCCAGGCUAGGUGGAGGGAGCAGCUGCUUCCCUGGGCUCAGCCUGAGAGGCCCUCCUGUGGAUAACUGAGAGAGAGAGAGAGAAGAGAGGAUCACUUCUGCAGGGAAGGUUGGGGGAGGCUUUGCAGGGUCUGGGGGAGGAGUCUGGGUACCACUCCUGGUAGACAUUAGUCUUCAAGAACAAUUCCUUCCAGCCCUCCUAUUUAAAAAGCCCAGGUAUUUUAAGGAAGAAAACGAUCAUUGUUACUUUUCAAGUUCAGGAAACCUAUGCUCUGCUGUGGGUGGAAGAAAAGAUCAUCGGCAGCCAGGCUGCCCCAAGUAUGGAAGAGGACCGUGGUUUCCUCUCCCAGCCCGCAAGUGCGAGGCAGCCUUGCUCCGCCGGUGGUGGCCCAGGCAGGGUCCUGAGAACCUCCUGGCCUGCCCUCCGCCACUGGGUUUGGGAGUGCUCCUGUUCACUAAUGUCCAUCCUUAGGGAAUCCCAAAAUCCCACAGGGUGAAGUUGGCUCCUAGGCCACAGUCAUGCCCACAUUCCCACUGGAAGUGUUUGAGUCCCAGGCCUGGCUCCAGGCAGGAGCAGUACACACCCGUGUCCCUUUUCGUAGGCCAGCGUUCCUGAGUUGGGGUUGGGAAGGGGAGUCAGGGGUUAGUGAGGAAGCCAGGCAGAACCUAAUAAAGAGAAGAGAGGGGAAGGAGCCUUGAGUGGGGGUGAGGUACA